GACAGUCGAUAUUCGUGUGUUUCAGGGGGGGCCACAAUUAGAAGAAGAAACUGAAGGAGGAGUGGGGAAGAAGGAAGGAAGGAAGGGAAAGAGUAUGAACAAAAAAAGAGAGGUAAAAUGGAGCUGGUUAUCAGCCUUUGUUGGGGCAGCUUCGGCUACAGCAGCGACGGCGAUAAUCUUGGGUAAACCCAAAGACCCAGAUUUCGAACUGGUAUCUAUCGACUUUAAAUCCUUCAAUCUUAAUCUUCCUCACCUCGAUGCCGAUGUAAUCCUCACUGUUCAUGUCAACAACCCUAACAUUGUACCUAUUCGUCACUCCUCGGCCGAGAUGUCCAUAUCUUACGCCGGCUCCUUCCUUGGCGCCGCUAUGAUAGACGCGGGUUCUCAGCCGCCCAGAUCGUGCCGGCUUCUGAAGCUGCCGGCAAAGCUGAGCGGGCUGGAAUUGGCGCACCAAGCAGCUCGGUUCAUAGGGGAUGUUCGUAAACGGGAGAUGGUUCUAGAAGCGGGGGUUGAUUUGGAGGGAUAUGCCAGAGUAUUGUGGUGGGAUCAUAAGUUCAAAGUGAGGGUGGAUAGUCUUAUCACUGUUGAUCCUCUUUUUUUGGAUGUCAUUGAACAGGAAAACAAGUCCAAGAUGCAAAUCUUUCUUGCUUGAUAUUUCAGACUCUUCCUUCUUCUUCUUACAACUUAGAUCAUCAUCAUCACCUCUUACCUACCUGCUACCAGCUAGCUGAAUGUAUGUAUGUAUUAUUGUUGUGUAUAGAGAGAAAGAUCAAUCAAUGAUCAUGGGUUGUGUUCUUAUUUUACUUGUUCAUUAUUGAUUUGUUGUUGUUGUUGUUG